GGCUGGGCGCCAUGGCCAAGAGCAGCUCCUUGAACAUCCGCGUGGUGGAGGGUCGGGCGCUGCCCGCCAAGGACGUGUCUGGGAGCAGUGACCCCUACUGCUUGGUGAAGGUGGACGACGAGGUGGUGGCCAGGACAGCGACAGUCUGGCGGAGCCUGAGCCCUUUCUGGGGGGAGGAGUACACGGUGCACCUGCCCCUAGACUUCCAUCACCUGGCCUUCUAUGUGCUGGACGAGGACACCGUCGGGCAUGAUGACAUCAUUGGCAAGAUCUCGCUGAGCAGGGACGCAAUCGUGGCUGACCCCCGAGGGAUCGACAGCUGGAUCAACCUGAGCCGCGUGGACCCGGAUGCCGAGGUGCAGGGGGAGGUGCGCCUGGCCGUGCAGAUGCAAGAGGACGGGCAGGGCCGUCGGCUUCGCUGCCACGUGCUCCAGGCCAGAGACCUGGCCCCCCGGGACAUCUCCGGCACGUCCGACCCGUUCGCCCGGGUGUUUUGGGGCAGCCAGAGUGUGGAGACGUCGACCCCUGCCCCCCCACUCCAGACCAUUAAGAAGACGCGCUUCCCACACUGGGAUGAGGUGCUGGAGCUGCAGGAGACGCCGGGCGCCCCGGCCCCGCUGCGGGUGGAGCUCUGGGACUGGGACAUGGUGGGCAAGAACGACUUCCUGGGCAUGGUGGAGUUCUCUCCUCAGGCCCUGCGGCAGACGCCGCCCAAUGGCUGGUUCCGCCUCCUGCCCUUCCCUGGAGCUGAGGAGGAUGCUGGGGGGACCCUGGGGGCCCUGCGGCUGAAGGUGCGCCUGACCGAGGACCGCGUGCUGCCGCCCCAGUACUACCAGCCUCUCACGGAGCUGCUCGUGGAGUCUGUGCAGGGACCCUCGGAGGAGGACAUCGCCAGCCCCCUGGCUGUGCUGGAGGAACUGACCUCAGGGGACUGCCGCCAGGACCUUGCCACCAAGCUGGUGAAACUCUUCCUGGGCCAGGGGCUGGCCGGGCCCUUUCUGGACCACCUCACCCGGCGGGAGGUGGCUCGGACCACUGACCCCAACACCCUCUUCCGCUCGAACUCUCUGGCAUCCAAGUCCAUGGAACAGUUUAUGAAGCUCGUGGGCAUGCGCUACCUGCACGAGGUCCUCAAGCCCGUGAUCAGCCGCGUCUUUGAGGAGAAGAAGUACAUGGAGCUGGACCCAAGCAAGAUGGACCUGGGCCGCGCGAGGAGGAUCUCCUUCAAGGGCGCGCCCUCAGAAGAGCAGGUGCGGGAGACUAGCCUGGGACUGCUGACGGGCUACCUGGGGCCUAUUGUGGACGCCAUUGUGGGUUCCGUGGGGCGCUGCCCGCCCACCAUGCGCCUGGUCUUCAAGCAGCUGUUCCGGAGCGUGGAGGAGCACUUCCCCCAGGCGGAGCACCAGGAUGUGAAGUACCUGGCCAUCAGCGGCUUUCUCUUCCUGCGGUUCUUUGCGCCGGCCAUCCUCACCCCGAAGCUGUUUGACCUCCGGGACCAGCACGCGGACCCCCAGACCAGCCGCUCGCUGCUGCUGCUUGCCAAGGCUGUGCAGAGCAUCGGGAACCUGGGCCAGCAGCUGGGCCAGGGCAAGGAGCUGUGGAUGGCCCCGCUCCACCCCUUCCUGCUGCAGAGCGUCUCCCGCGUGCGGGACUUCCUGGACCAGCUGGUGGACGUGGAUGGGGACGAGGAGGCAGGGGGCCCGGCCAGGACGCUGGCUCCACCCUCAGCGACGGUUCGCGAAGGCUACCUGCUGAAGCGCAAGGAGGAGCCGGCUGGCCUGGCCACUCGCUUUGCCUUCCGGAAGCGCUACUUCUGGCUCAGUGGGGAGAGCCUGGCCUACUCCAAGGGCGCCGAGUGUCAGGCUCGCUCCUGCAUCCCCGUCUCCCACAUCCGGGCCGUGGAGCGCGUGGAUGAGGGAGCCUUCCAGCUGCCCCACGUGAUGCAGGUGGUCACACGGGACGGGGCGGGGCCGCUGCACACCGCCUACCUCCAGUGCAAGAACCUGAACGACCUCAACCAAUGGCUGUCGGCCCUGCGCAAGGCCAGUGCCCCCAACCAGGACAAGCUGGCUGCCUGCCACCCUGGUGCCUUCCGCGGCGCGCGCUGGACCUGCUGCCUCCAGGCUGAGCGCUCAGCUCCCGGGUGCAGCCGCACCCACUCGGCCGUCACCCUGGGGGACUGGAGUGACCCGCUGGAUCCCGACGCGGAGACCCAGAUGGUGUACCGGCAGCUGCUGCUGGGGCGGGAGCAGCUCAGGAUGAAAUUCCUGGAGGAGCCCAGCUUGGAUUCAACUCCGGAGGCAGACACAGGGCAGGGCUCCAGUGGCAUGGGAGGGUGCAGUGCUGUCCUGGCCCGGCAGAGGGCAGCCGCGGCGCGCCUGCUACAGGUGCUUUCGGACCUGGAUCGAGCCCACGAGGAAUUCCAGCGGCAGGAGCAAGGGAGGGCGGCCCCGGGCCCCCGAGUGCCCUGAGGAGAAGCCAGGGCCCGCCCGGAAGGAGGACCAGGAGUCGCGGCACCCAGGAGCACCCGCUUGGCUGUCCUGCACCUCUCGAGGGUGUGGCCUGGAGGCUCCUGGAGUCACACCCGGCCUGGAACUCGAGGCACGGAAGUGCUGGGGUGGGGCCAGCCUUGCACUGAAUGAGUUUCAUUCCCCGGCUGAAUCGGAGCGGAGUGCACACGGGAGCCUGAGUUGCCUGAGCCGGGAGUGUCCGCUCCCAGAGGACUAGCCUCCACCCCCACUGCCCAGGCCGAGGUGGCCCUGAGCUGCUGGAUCCAGCUGUACCUGAUUUCCUGAUGCCCGCGUGGCCUUGUUGCCCCAGACAGGCACUAA